ACACUGUAUUUUGCAAGAAUAUUAUAUUCUACAAUUGCACGCAAAUUGUUUGUACUAUUAGAUAAAGUUCUUUCAUUAAAAUUAUAUACAAUGUAUGAACCAGUAGUUUUACAGAAAAGAAAACUUCGAUCUCUUGGAACUUCGGUCUUUAGACUUUCUAUAAUUGCUACUCUAACGUGCAUGUCUAUUCCUAUUGCAGUCGGAUAUUUGAUAAGUGAAUAUAACUUUGAAAAGAAGAAACUUAUUGCUGAACUUAAUGAAGUUGAUCUAAAUAAUAGAGAGCCAACUGUAUUUGAUGAAAUUCUUGAAAACCAACAAUUUUGGAUGCAGCCAGCACUUCGGGGUGCUGCUAUAUUAGCACUUAAAAAAUUCAAAGAAGAUGGCAUAUUACAUGAAAAUAUAAACUCCACAAGUUCAGUUUCAGACAUUUCUGAGGCAAAUAAUUGA